CUUCACCAUAAGAACUGAUAAUUGUGUGAAGAUGGCUGACUGGAGUGGAUCAACCAGACAACAUGCAGCUGAAGAUGAAGGAAGUUCAGGAUUAUCUGAAAGAAGUGGAAGCAAACGCCAACCUAUGAACCUGUCUGUGAUUAAAGAAGAGAUGAGAAUAGUUCUGCUGGGAUCACAUGCAGAUGUUAAAUCCUUGUGUGGAAACACAAUCUUUGGACGAAAGGUCUUUUCAGAGUCACUGUCCUUCCAGCAUUUGUUUGAGAGGCAUGAUGGGAUGGUGUUGGAGAGGCAUUUGGUGGUCACCAACACUCCUGACCUGUUCAGUCCUGCUCUCUCUCCUGAAGAACAGGAGGUGAGGAGACGUUUCCAUCUGUCUCGUCCUGAGCCUCAUGCCCUGUUACUAGUCCUGAAGUCUGGCACAUUCACAGAUCAAGACACAGAUGCUCUCGAACUCAUUAAUGUCACUUUUGGUGAAGGAGCCUCUGAGUAUGUGAUUGUGGUCUUCAUGCAUGAGGAGCAGGAGUAUGUGAACGCUAAAGACUCUGACGCUGAAUCAGUAAAGUCUCUGCUGGAGAACAGCAGACAUCCACACCAUCAUCUACAGAGGAAUGGAGACCAAUCACAAGUGCAGAAACUUCUAGAGAGCAUUGAGAAGAUGGUGGAGGAAAAUGGAGGCCAUCAGCUGAAGAUUCCUGAAGAACCAAAACCUUUCCUGAUGAAAGAAGAUACAGUUUGCCCAACAACAAACAAGAUUCAUAAGGGUUUCAGUAGAUGGCCAAGUAGUAUGAAUCAAUGGCCCACGGCACAGAGGUUUCACCCAAAGUCAGGAAAUCCUACAAAAUUAGUGCGAUCAAAAUCCUCUGUUGGCGCUGAGAAGAGCUUGAAGUGUGCGAGGAUCGUCCUGAUUGGAAAAACUGGAGUGGGAAAGAGUGCAACAGGUAACACCAUCCUGAGACGUGAUGUGUUUCAGUCAAAAUCCAGCAUGAAAUCUGUGACCAAGACAUGUCAAAGAGAGACUGGAGAUGCCUGUGGUCGACCUGUGACUGUGGUGGACACACCAGGACUCUUCGACACAACUCUCAGUAAUGAAGACAUCCAGCAGGAGAUCAUGAGAUGCAUCGAACUCUCGGCUCCUGGGCCACACGUGUUUCUGCUGGUCAUCGCUGUCGGCCCGUUCACACAAGAAGAGAGAGAAACCCUUCAGCUCAUCAAGAUGACCUUCGGACAGAAAGCAGAGACCUACACUAUGGUGUUGUUCACACGAGGAGACAAUCUCGCAGAAGAAAGCAUUGAAGACUACAUUAAAGAAGGAGAUCCACAUGUCCAGAAACUGAUAAACGACUGUGGAGGAAGAUUUCAUGUCUUCGAUAAUAAACAGAAGGAUCCUGCUCAGGUCGUGAAUCUGUUAAAGAAGAUUGAUAAGAUGAUGUGGGAUAAUGACCCCAAUUUCUAUAAUGACAAAAUGUUUCAGGAGGCAGAGAGACCAUUCAGACUUAUGCAGAUCAACAGAGAGAGAGAAGAGGAGGUCAGACGAGAAAUCGAGGCCAUUAAAGCGAAAUAUGAGUCUGAAAUCAAAGAAAUUCAAGACAAACUAGAAGAGGAAAGAACAAAAGGAAAAGUUAGAGAAUUUCUGUUUGCGGAGAGAGAGAUGAUACUGUUGAGACAAAAGAGAGAAAACACAGUGACAAUAAACACUGAACAAACCCUUGUCGAGAGAAAGAAUGAUCAGAUUGAAAAGCAGGAAAAUCAGCUUACAGGAACAACUAAUCUGGAUAGAGAGAUACCAGAAACUGGAAGACAAUCUGAUCAAGAUCGUGAGAAACAUGUUAAAAAAUGGAGGGCCUUUGAAUCCUUAAAAAGAGGCAAAAGGCUAAGGAAAAAGAUUGAGAGGGCACAAGAAAGUAAAACAAAAGAAGCAGCAACUGAAGAAGAGAAAGUAGAAACGAUAAAAGACAGAGUCACAGACCAACAGAGCAGUGAGGAUUUACCUAGAAACUCUGAAGAUGAGAAAAAAGCAGAGAAAGAACAACUACAUCAGCAUUAUAAAGAAAUGGAAGAAUGCAGGCAGAAGAUGGACGAGGCCAUGAGGAGGUACAAAGAGAUGGCUGAUAUGUAUGCUGCAGAACGCAUGAGAAUUGAAGCCAGAAAUGCUGAAUUCAUUGACAGCUUGAAGAAGGACCAUGGAAAAGCCUGUGUCCUUCAAUAA